CUAUAAGUACACGGUACAACAUCUGAAGGUUCCAUAGCUUGCCACGAACCUGUCGCGACGUUUCAGAAGCUUGUGCUGUCUGUACGCUAUAUGCUGGCUUUAAUUAUCUGCUUCAAUGCUUAGAGACAGCCAAGCUGAAUUGUUAUAGCGCUGCCUUAAGCCUUUCGACAAAGCCGUCGGUAACCGCUCGGUUCAGCAGCAGAGCGCAGCGCCAGGCGACGCCGCAAGGAUGGGACUGUUCUCUCGCAAGAAGGAGCAGCCCGCUGGUCCUGCCACGCCGGGACCGGCACCGACGCAGCAGCAGCAUGGCUCGCCAGGCGCACCCUCGCCAGGCACACCGCCGCAGCCCGCUGGUGGAUACUCCACCGGCGGCAGCGCCGUGCCUGCCCCAGCGCCCCACCCCACCCCCCUGCACCAAGGCCCCGGCCUGGUCGCGCCCGGGGCGGCGCUCGCGGGCUCCAUUCCGCCCGCCGCCAUCUCCCCGGCCCCGGGCCCCGGCAUGCCGGGCCCGGCCAACCCCUCCUCGGCCGAGUACCAGCAAGAGCUGUUCAGGCAACACUACGACUACCUCGUGCGCAACGGCCUGGUGGCGCAGCAGCAGCAGCUGAUGCAGCCCGGCCUUACGCUGGAGGAGCAGCAGCAGAUCCUGCUUCAGCAACAGCAACAGCUGCUGUACCAGCAGCAGCAGCUCCAACAACAGCAGGCGAUGCUCCAGCAGCACGCCGCAGUGGCGCUCACCGCCUCCGGCGGCGGCGCGCUGGACCCCGCGGCGGCGGCGCACGCCGCCGCCAUGAGCGCCGGCGGCGCGCCCGGCCAGGCGCUGCUGUAUCAGGCGGCACAACAGGCCGCCGCCGCAGGCCGCCCACUCACACUCAACUUCGUCGCAGAGAUGGGGCAGCAGCCCGGGCAGCACGGCCAGGCGCCACUCGGCGCCAACCGUGUGUACGGCAUAAAGCAGCCACACGAGCACCCGUACGGCCCGCCGUACGACCCCAAUGCGCCGCAGCCGUACGUGCCGCCCAGCUGGCAGCCAGGUUCCAAUCCGUACGACGCGAUUCGGAUCCCGGCCCUGCCCGACAUGAAGGCCCUGCCGCCCGAGCUGCAGGACUUCCGGGACCAGUGCGCCACCGGUGUGCGUCAGGCGGUGUCCAUGAUCACGUCCAUGGAGCACCAGCUGUGGUGGGAGCGGUCGCGGAGGCAGCAGGCUGAGGAGGACUGCAAGGUGCUGCUGGCGGCGGUGCACACGGAGCGCGGCAUCGGCGACGCGCUGCUGGGCGAGCAGGAGCGGCGGCGGCUGGCGGCGGCGGAGGCGGGCGGCAAGCUGAGCCUGGCGGCGGACGAGCUGCCGGCAGCCAGCGAGGCCGCCACAGUGAUCCAGAAGCACAUCAGGGGGCGGCAGGCGCGCAAGGAGUACGAGACCACACUGCGCGACAUCCUGCGUGGUGUGGAUCCCUCGCUGGACCCGGCGGGGCUGCCAGCGGGCGCCCAGAGCCACAUCAGCAACGUCAACGCCACGGGGGCCAGCAGGCGCCUGGGGCUGCGGGCCGUGCUGGGAGGCCACGACCAGCUGCCCGAGGGCGUGAGUGAGCAGCAGGCGGAGGCGGCGGGCCACUACCGGCGGCAGGUGGACCGCAUCAGCCAGCGCAUAGCGGGGCACAAGGACGCGGGUGUGCCGCACCCCAACGACCACUCCGGCGACCCCCUGCACGCCGACGUCAAGCAGCUGCUGGGGGGCAGCUACGUAGCCAGCGGCGCGCAGGUGAUUGCGGCGUUGGUGCGGCGGUGCCGGGAGCUGCAGGCGGCGCUGCUGGAGGCGGUGGGGCAGCUGGAGGAGUCGCAGCUGAGCAUCAAGGGUCUGAAGGAGGCCAACGCCCGCCUGGCGGAGCUGUCCUCGGUGCGUCAGGACCUGGAGACGGCACGCGGCGACAACAUGCGGCUGGCGGGCACCGUGGCCAAGCUGCGGACCGUGCUCACGGCGCAGGCUGCCUCAAGCAACGCCGGCGCGGCGCGUGAGAACCCCUUUGUUGCGGCCUGGUACCGCAAGGCCUAUGCCGACACCGAGUGGCAGAAGGUGCCGCCGGGCGGCCCGGGCGGUGUGGCGCUGAUGGACGGCCCCGACGCGGCGGUGGAGACCUGGGACGACCUGCGGGCCAGCCUGCCGGAGCCGGUGCUCAUGCCGCGGGUGGCGGGGCCGGGGCAGCGCUACAAGGACCUGCUGGGGCUCAAGCAGGACAUGAUCAUGGCCGCCCAGCACGGCCCGCCCGACCCGCUGUACUCCAUGGCGGUGCCGGACCGCUCCGGGUUCGUGUACGAGCGCGACACGCCGCUCAUCCCCACACAGACCGCCGCGCCGCUCAUCCGGGAGAGCCUGCCGCCAGACACGUACAUGGGAGUACACGAGGAUCUGUAUCGCCGGGCUGCCAACGCACCGGGCUACGGCCAACCGCAACAGCAGCAAUACCCGGGGCAGUACCCCGGCCAGCAGCAGCAGGGGCCAAUGCUGGGGGCCGGCCUGCGCGACGCGGCCGGCAACCUGCUACCCUCCUCCGCCAACAACCUCCACAACUACCAGAAUCCAAACUACCACAACGGUCAAUCCGCUGGUGGUGCCUACGACAGACUGGUCGCGCAGCAGGAUGCGAUGCGGCGCGAGGCGGCGGCGCAGGCCGACGUGGCGGCGGCGAUGGCAGCUGGCGGCGGCAGUGGCGGACGCGACCGCUCCUUCUCGUACAAUCGGGACACGCCCGUCGUACCGGUGUACAGUGUACUGCCGCUGAUCCGUGAGGACGAAUUCGUACGGCGCUCCUCAUCGCCGGGCCGCGGCGCGCAGCCACCUCCCACGCCACCGCCCCAGUCGUACACACCUGCGCCGCCGCACUUCUCCACAAACCUGGCGUACGUGCGGGAGCAGGGCUACCCGCCGCCGCCGCCCGCCGCGGUGACAGCCGCCGCAGCGGCGCUGGCAACGCAGCACCUGCAGCCGCAGCCGCAGCAGCUGCAACACCUGCCGCCGCCCACACCGCGCGCAAUGUACACUUGAGAGGCUGCGUACGGGCGUCGUGCGGACCGUGCGGCAGAGUGGGUGGAUGGCGUGUGCGCGGUUGUGGCGGCGGACUGCCAGUCAGCUGUAGACUGAGGGUUUGACCGCGGCAUGGUUCCGGGAAUGGAGUUGGAGUUGGACAGCGGAGAGUAGGUUUGGCAUGUGGCCCGUAGCUGGGUACGCAGUGAAGGCAGUCGCGGCCACUCGUUGUACCGUCCGUGUGCUAUUGUGCAAGACUGAUGGGUCCACCGAAUGCUUUUGAGCAUGUGAUGUAAUGCAUGCGUGCG